UAUUACUCAUAUGUGCUAAAGUGAGCGGAAUACAUGGGAGCUGUUCAGAAUUUGCGCUUUCUCCAGCAUCAUUCUCCGGUGCCAGCCAUGCGAUAUACGGUUCCGAUCAAAGCCAGCCCCGAAAAUCAUGUCAUGGGUUGUAAUCUGGAGCCUUACGUUACGCAAAAAGUACAUCAGGAUCUUCUCAAUGAAGCCAUUUCUCGCAUUCUGGUUACUGGAGCCAUCCGAAGGCAUCCGCCAGCUUCAGUGGCUGUGUUUGAACAGGACAGAUUGUUCGAUUUUCGGCGCCCAACGACGUCCCCAAUCGACUCGACAGCGGUACAACUGAACUGUUUCCCGAAUCAAAACCUGGUCCUGCAUUAUGCAAGCCUGAUUGCUACCUACCUUGAGCUUUGUGGGCGCAACCCUGGCAUUGUACAAUUGAGCCUGCCCGAGCCUGCCGAAACGGCGCGUUAUAUGCUUGAAUCCAAUCUUCAGUCCAUAGGACACAUUGAUAUAGCUAUUAUAGGCGACGUUCAGUACUUGAAGGAGCUCUCCAAAGGUCAGUGGCAAGGGAAUGGCGGAUCCGAGCAUGAUAUUUUCCGCUGGAAUAAGUUUCAGUCUCCCAAAGGCAAGACUGUUGCGCUGGUGGGCUGCCAGGAAAAGAUAUGGGGUGAUGCGGGUGACCACUUGGUUCGCACCCUCCACGCGCAAUCAAACAUUGAGUGCGUCAUCUACAUCGGCAAAGCUGGGUGUCUACAGCGGGGAUAUACCCCCAAUGAAUGGAUUGCGACUGGGGAUCAGGCUUUCGUCGAGAAUGAAACCAUCACGUGGCGAAACCCAUUGGAAAUGGUGAUAAAAAGCUCUACGGCAGUUGCUCACGGUUCAAUUGUUACCGUCCCGACUACUCUCUGCGAGACUCAUGAGUGGCUUGGCGAAUGGUCAUUGAAAGCGCUGUCGGUGGAUUGUGAAGUCGGCUAUAUUGCAAAGGCAGCAGCUGAACUGGAUAUUGCUUUUGGGUUUUUGAACAUCGUUUCUGAUAAUCUGUAUCAAACAGGUGGUGAGGACUUAUCUAAUGAAGAGUCGCAUACUGUUAUUAGUAAAAGAGAGAGACUGUACAAGGAAAUUACUAAAAUUAUAAAUUCCUUUCUGUCUUUAGACAACUAGCCAUCAAUUUACUAUUACCAGAAUAAAGAUAGAUUUUAAACUCUUAUCAAUAAAUACUGCAUUAUAUAUAAAAGAGUUAAAUGGAAGCCAAUAGAAAAG